AUGGAUGCUAUAACAGCUUUCCUGCAAGGAGAGUUGAAUGAAGAAGUCAUCUACAUGGAACAGUCCGUAGGUCAUGUGGAUACAGCCGCUCCAAAGAAGAUCUGUCUCCUGCAGAAGGCGCUUUACGGACUGAAACAAUCCAAUCGCGUAUGGAACAAGAAGCUAGAUGCAGAACUGAAUGACAUCGGUCUCAAGCGUUCCAGUUUUGAUCCCUGUGUCUACUACCACGUGCAGCUAAUCAUUAUUGCAGUUUGUCCAUCGCUCAAUUUGGACACUCCAAAGAACUCCGAGCUGGAAGACAGCGAUGAGGACGAUCGAGUGAGCGUCACUAUCAAGACACCAAAUGGAUCAGCUGUUACAAAUCCGGAAAAACUUCAACAAACUAACCGAAUCAAGCUGAGUAGUUCCGGUAUCAAUUCUCCGCGUCGCCUCUGCCCAAGACGAACAAGUGAAUUCUCACCAAAAUCGAAAACUAUGAAGACUACGACUACGACUGCGACGGCGGCAACGUUCGUUUCGGUUUCUAUUUUCAUCCAGAUCAUCAGCAGGCGGAAUCUGAUCAACGGCGCAACAGUGUUGCGGCGACUACGGGCGGCCGGCGAUGAUGACGACGACGUCGAUGGUCUAAUUUUAGUUUUUUGCACUAUUUCGGUUCACCCGCGUCCACCUUCUUCCUAA